CGAUUUAAAUUUCUUCCAAACGCUGUAAAAUGUAAACGUACUUUCCCGACGUAUAAGAGAAUAUUCUGUUGUGUGAAAUUACUGUUUUCACUGCUAAUAAAUAAUAAUAGUUCGUGAGAUUUCCAUAAUAAUUCUAUAGCACGAAACGUCAUACUCAAAAUUAUUCUGUGUUUGUCAUUCAAUUUAUUAAUUAUUCAAAACAUAAUCUCACGUCAGGUUUUAACAAUUUGUGUGCUUUUUUCACGGUCAGAGUGAAAGAGUUAUUGAUCUUGAACGCAGACCCAGGUGAGUUUCAGUGUUUAGUUGCGACUUUGACUUGGAUGCACGUUUACACCCUUAAAACUUGAUGCUACCAAACCGGUGACUUGUCGACAGUUAGAUUUUACUUUACACAGAAAAUGAAUUUUGUGCUUCGUUUCAUCAGCGUAGUUUUAAAUUGUUUGAAUGUGAUCGUUGCGCCUAUAUUGUGGCUAAAGUACAGAGGACCACGGAAAACUGUACCCACUAUCAGUGAUGGAUUACUCAAAAUUAGUGCGACGGAUUCGGCCGAAAAAAUCAGACGAAGAGAGAUAAGCAGCGAACAGCUAUGUACCGCCUACAUAAAACGCAUCAAGGAAGUCAAUCCCAUCCUGAACGCAGUUGUCGAAGACAGGUUCGAAAUCGCAUUGCAAGAUGCUCGUAACGUCGAUAAUUAUUUGCAAACGUCAUUUGAAAGUAACGAAGAACUAGAGAAAACAAAACCUUUGUUGGGAGUACCACUGACCGUAAAGGAAAGUUGUUCUCUUGGAGGUAUGAGCUUGUGCGUUGGAACCUUAUCCAGGUCCGGAAUUAAAGCAGACAAAGAUGGUGACGCCGUAGCCAAAUUAAAAUCUAGUGGUGCCAUUCCACUUUUGGUUUCCAACACUCCAGAAAUUUGCCUAGACUGGCAAACCAGCAACUUUAUAACCGGAAGAACAAACAAUCCGUAUGACACUUCUCGUACCACUGGAGGUUCAUCAGGAGGAGAAGGUGCCCUUUUGGGAUCUGGCGCUUCCGUGAUAGGAAUCGGUUCGGAUGUUGCUGGUUCCAUUAGACUACCGGCUAUGUUUAAUUGCGUUUUUGGCCACAAACCAACUCCACGAACUAUAUCCAUCAAGGGACAUUUUCCUUACUGUAUUGACAAGAAGUAUGCUGAUUAUUUGGUUGUUGGUCCCAUGACGCGAUAUUCUAAAGACUUGAAGCUAAUGAUGAAAGUUAUGACAGACGAUGCUGUGUUACCGGAACUUCGCCUAGACGAUAAAGUGGAUAUAAGUAAAAUUAGAGUGUUUUUCAUGGAAGAAGAAGGAAAAUCUUUCGUUCUUCCACACGUACAAAAAGAAAUCUCAGCUGCUGUAAGACAAAGCGCUGAAUAUCUCAAAAAUACUUGCGGCUGUCAUGUUGUUGAUGAUGUCAAAUUUUCCGAACUCAAAAACAGUUGCGAAGUUUCUGGUUCAGUGCUCAACAGCUUGAAGGACACUCCAAACCUAUUGAAAGCUGGAAAUCACAAUUUGGCUGUAGAGCUUCUCAAAAGCGUUCUAGGUUUCUCAAACUUUACUUUCGGGUUACUACACUUCUAUCUAAUACAAAAUGUAUAUCAAACAUUCAUACAGAGCGAUAGUUAUAUGCAAAAAAACGAGGAUUUGAAAAAAAUGUUUAGGAAAUUUCUGGGGGACGAUGGUGUUUUGCUAUACCCAACAUUUACAAAGUCUGCUCUCCACCAUGGUGCUUACAUCCUGAACACACUAGGAACGUCUUAUUUAAUGACUUAUAACUCGACUGAGCUCCCUUCGACUCACGUUCCUUGUGGGUUUGAUAAAAAUGGACUUCCAAUAGGGAUUCAAGUGAUAGCGGGACCAAAGCAGGACAGACUGUGUUUUGCGGUUGCGGAAGAAUUGGAAAAGUGUUUUGGUGGGUGGAUUCCACCUAAUUAGAUAUAUAGAUACCAUGUUAGUAAGUCUAUUUUUGAAAUAAAGUUUUUUAGUUUUUUA